UUUCAAAGUCUCGUGUUCGUGCGUUGUCUAAGCGGCGUUCAGCGUGGAAGCUUAGGUUAGCAUAAUGCUGAUUAGUUUCUUUGUGGUUGUGGCACUUGUGAGUGUUUUGGUGGAGGCUGGGCGGAGCGAUCCUUCUAACCUGGAGCUCCAACUUGAGGCGACGAAGGACCAGCUCUUGCCGAGAUUCGCGGAAUUCCUUCGCGAUGACUUGCCCUCAGAAGACGACGAGCGCGUCCGGAAGAGAGUACUGGAAGUCCUUUCGGAAGCACGACUUAGGGAAGCGCAGCGGGAGAGGAGAAGCCCGAGUGGAAGAGACAUGCCAGGCGUCGGAAGAGCCAGCGCCGAAGUCUCCUCCGAUAUCGAGCUCGAAGACGCCGGAACGCCGAGAUUUCGACGCUCGUGUCCCGGAGGCAAUGGCGCCUACGGCUUCAACACCUUCAACUUCCUCACCUUCUCCCUCCAAGUCUUCAACGGAGUGAUUAACGCCAUUAACCGAAUGCCAGAACAACGUCAACGUCAACACGGACCAGAUCGCCAGCAACUCCAACAGCGCCAACGCCGUCCUGGUCAUCAUCCCUCCAGCCCCAGGCCGCAAGAGGCGAUCGCUCUGCGGAAGGAACCUGGGGGAGAAGGACGCGAGUCUCCACGCCGCCCGUGCCCUUACUUCCAUCCUGCAGGAGUACGCACAGGAGGAGCAAGAGGCAGGGCCUUGCCAGGAGCUAUCAGUCUGCCUGAGGAUGCGACACCUCACCAGAACUUCAGGAUUUCGAGACGUGUUGUGGAGGACCAACUCGACGUUCCUCUCGAUGAGUGACGCCCCCUGCGAAGCCCUCUUCAAAACAUGUAACAAAUUUAGUGCAGUUAGAUAAGUCUGUUCACAAAACGACCCACGGUGUCUAAAGCAAAAAUCUCGCGAGUAAAUACUUAGUAAUUACUGAGCAAUUAUUGAGUAACUAUUGAGUAACUAUUGAGUAUCUAGACCUAUCGUGACACUUAAUAGCGAAUCAUUAAUUUGUGCGUCCAAAUUACGCCUUUAUAGAUUUUUAAGGUGAAACGAUUUUAGCCUUUGUAAGCAUGUUCAUAAUCGCCUUUCAUACUGGAAUGCUCUAUGCUUUAU